CCCGCACCUUAGUGUCACGUGAUCACUACCGGAAGCGCCGCAGAUCCCUGCACUUUGGCUGGGCUGGAGGCGAAGAGGAGUUCCCGGAAUCAUGGCAAAAUCUAGGCUGGGGCUGGAUCCCGAGAGCGUGGCUGCAACCACUGUGCUGAAGCGGGCAGUGGAGCUAGAUUCCGAGUCCCGGUACCACCAGGCUCUAGUGUGUUACCAGGAGGGGAUUGACCUGCUCUUGCAGGUUUUAAAAGGCACCAAAGAUGAUGCAAAGAAAUGUACUCUCAGAAAAAAAAUUUCUGACUACAUGGAUAGAGCAGAAAACAUAAAGAAAUACUUGGAUCAAGAAAAAGAAGAUGGAAAAUAUCACAAGCAAAUUAAAAUAGAGGAGAAUGCCACAGGAUUCAGUUACGAGUCACUUUUUCAAGAAUACCUUAAUGAGACAGUUACAGAAGUUUGGGUAGAAGAUCCUUAUAUUAGACAGACUCAUCAGCUGUAUAACUUUCUUCGAUUUUGUGAGAUGCUUAUUAAGAGACCGUGUAACGUGAAAACGAUUCACCUUCUCACCUCCAUGGAUGAAGGCAUUGGGAAGGGGCAGCAAAUUAGUGGCCUGAAAGAAAUAAAAGAGUCACUCAGGAAUCAUGGAGUGCUUCUGGAAUUAGAAUACUCUUCUUCAAUACAUGACCGAGAAAUUAGGUUCAACAAUGGAUGGAUGAUUAAGAUUGGAAGGGGACUGGAUUAUUUUAAGAAACCACAGGGUCGUUUCUCCCUUGGGUAUUGUGACUUCGAUUUAAGACCGUGUCAUGAAACAACAGUGAACAUUUUUCAUAACAAGCACACACAAAAAGCAUGAUGGCUUGUAGCUUGAUUUACAUUGUGUACUUCUAAAUGAAUAUUGGAAUUUUUUUACUUUGAACAGAUCAUUCUUAUACUGUAAAUUUAAUAAUAAACUUGUACAUUUCUACUAAUCUAUGGA